UGACCCUUCGCUUUUCAGUGUUUAUUGGCUGACAUGUAGUUUCUGUCCCUUUCACCAUGUUGGGUACAUCUUCUCAGUCUGAUCUUCAGUUCUCUCGUUCCAGUGUAAAGUCACCGGUGUUGGACAAUGGGAUGUUCUACCGGCCUUUCACACUAAGCAUUAGCAAUUUAAAUGGACAUAGCAACCUGUACUCUGGGAACGCUAAGCAGGGUGACAAGGUAAGAGAUGUGCGCUUCAUCUCCCCAUUGCAUAGCUCCACACCUACGUCAAGUCAGAUGUCCAUUCUUCCAGUCCGGCCCAUGAGUUCCUUGAACUCAAAUUCAGCAUUUCUUCAGUUAAGUCGUUUGCAGGGGGAGCUGGUUCGAAAAAGAAAGGAAUGUGAAGAUUUAAAGCAGCAAAACAAGGUUUUGUCAAAUGAGAUCCACAUAGAAAAACAUGUAAUGCGUUCAGAGAGUGAACUGACAAUGAGAAAACUUCGAAAUUUAAACCAGGAUCUGCAAGUCCAAGUGAAGGAGCUAAAACAGAAAUUGCUUGUUGCUCAGCAGAAGGUAGUCACAUCUAACAGAAUUGCAGAAGAAGCAGAAGCUGCCAAAUGUGAAGCUGAGAGAGAUCGCCUUCUGGCUGAAACGCAGGCAAAGGACUACUGUGAAGAAAGAAACCUGGUUAUGACUGAAAAGGAAAAGCUGAAGGACAAAGUGUUUAAUCUGGACGCUAGGGUAACAGAUGUACAGAAGGCUUUAGCUGAAGCAGAAAAAAAAUACUUUGAAACCAAAAUAAAAAAUGACAGGAUUACUGUGGAAAAAGAAGUGAUAAUAGAAGAAAAUCGCUGUUUAGAACACGAAAUAACAAAUCUAAAACAUAACCUCAACAAAUUAGCUGAAGAGACUGGUAAAUUGAGAGAAAGUGAAUACAAUGCAAGACAAAAUGCCUUGGCAGCUGAAGAAGCCAGAGGCAAAGCCAUCAAGAUGAGGGAUGAAAUAGAGCGAGAGAAGCAGCAAGCUGAACAAGAGAAGGAGAAAAAAGCUAAAGAAUGUGACAUAUGGCAGCAAAAACACAGCCACCUGUCUGACCUUCUCCGACUGCAAGAAGAGGAGAAAUCUAAAAGGCAAAACAAAGCAUGCCAAACAGGUAUGAAGAAAUAUUACUUGUGUGUUGCUGAAAACAACCAAAGACUGAAAGUUCUGAAAACAAUGGCAGCAACUCCCCAAGUGUUUAUGGAAGAAGAGCCCAUGUGCUUUUCUGUGCUCGAUGAUGACACUGAAGAGCCUCCAAAACCCUCAGACAGGUUCUACAUAAUUUCUUCAGCAUCAACAAUCAUGCAUGAAUGCAAAUGUCCUGCCCUGCUGCAAAGAUAUGAAAUCUCACCCGACGUGUUCUGAAA